AAAAAUGUAUCUAAAGUUGAUAUUUGUGCUUGGAUUUGCUUGUUCGGUCUCAUCAAAACCAGUAGACUCGUGCCUCUUUACAGAAUCUGAGCAUUGGUUAAUCACAUUGGACAGGCUACACCAAUCGUUAACCAAUGUUGACCAGAGCAAUUGUGAUUCGCGACAAUGUAGUUUUUCCUUCCAAUCGUUUCUUCAGCCUACUCAGGGGUCGACGUACAGACAAACUCUCAACUUCGUCACUAAUACAACUGAAGUCUUCAGUCCCUGGUUCGACCAAACUAGUACCAUUUCAGACCAAAUAGAAAGCGCCCUCGAAUCAUUGAAAGAUCAAUUAGAAGAAUCGUCUACAAAUUGUUACCAAACUGGUGAGACACACCAAGAUAUAUUAAACAGUUUUCAG